UGGGAGGCGGGGAGGAGCGGCGGGAGGAGCGGAGCGAGUGCGGCGCGGGGCGCAGUCGCCAAUGAGCUGCGCGGAACCUGCGCCCCUGACGACCCGAGCCCUCUGCGCCCCCUCCCCACGACUCACCUGGUGCCAGGUCUGGCCUCGCCCCCACGGACCAUGGCCUUGCCCCCGUGAGCUAGAGCCUGCUCCUCGGCACCUGCCCACCGCCAGCCAGCAGAAUGCAGCUGUGGAAGGCGGUGGUGGUGACCCUGGCCUUCAUGAGCAUGGACGUCGGCAUGACCACGGCCAUCUACAUCCUCAGCCACCUAGACCGCAGCCUGCUGGAGGACAUCCGCCACUUCAACGUCUUUGACUCGGUGCUGGACCUCUGGGCAGCCUGCUUGUACCGCAGCUGCCUUCUGCUCGGAGCCACCAUCGGCGUGGCCAAGAACAGCGCCCUGGGGCCCCGGCGGCUUCGGGCCUCCUGGACCAUCAUCGCCCUCGUGUGCCUCUUCGUGGGCAUCUACACCAUGGUAAAGCUGUUGCUCUUCUCCGAGGUGCGCAAGCCGGUCCGGGACCCGUGGUUCUGGGCCCUCUUCGUGUGGACUUACAUCUCGCUCACCGCCUCCUUCGUGCUCUGGUGGUUACUGUCCACGGUGCGGCCGGAUGCCAAGGCCCUCGAGCGGGGGGCUGGGGCCGAGGGCUUCCCCGGGGAGCACCGGCCCCCUCGUGAGCAGGCAUCUGGGGCCACGCUACAAAAGCUGCUGUCCUACACCAAGCCCGACGUGGCCUUCCUCGUGGCGGCCUCCUUCUUCCUCAUCGUGGCGGCUCUGGGAGAGACCUUCCUUCCCUACUACACCGGCCGGGCCAUUGACGGCAUCGUCAUCCAGAAGAGCAUGGAGCAGUUCAGCACGGCGGUCAUUGUCAUGUGCUUGCUGGCCAUCGGCAGCUCAUUUGCCGCAGGUAUUCGGGGCGGCAUUUUUACCCUCAUAUUUGCCAGACUGAACAUUCGCCUUCGAAACCGUCUCUUCCGCUCACUGGUGUCCCAGGAGAUGAGCUUCUUUGACGAGAAUCGCACAGGGGACCUCAUCUCCCGCCUCACCUCGGACACCACCAUGGUCAGUGACUUGGUCUCCCAGAACAUCAACAUCUUCCUGCGGAACACGGUCAAGGUCACGGGUGUGGUGGUCUUCAUGUUCAGCCUCUCAUGGCAGCUGUCCUUGGUCACCUUCAUGGGUUUCCCCAUCAUCAUGAUGGUGUCCGACAUCUACGGCAAGUACUACAAGAGGCUCUCCAAAGAGGUCCAGAAUGCCCUGGCAAGGGCCAGCAGCACAGCCGAGGAGACCAUCAGUGCCAUGAAGACAGUGCGGAGCUUUGCCAACGAGGAGGAGGAGGCGGGGGUAUACUCGCGGAAGCUGCAGCAGGUGUAUAAGCUGAACAGGAAGGAGGCCGCAGCCUACACGUACUACGUCUGGGGCAGCGGGCUCACGCUGCUGGUAGUCCAGGUCAGUAUCCUCUACUACGGGGGCCACCUCGUCAUCUCGGGACAGAUGACCAGCGGCAACCUCAUCUCCUUCAUUAUCUACGAGUUUGUCCUGGGAGACUGUAUGGAGGUGAGGGGCUGGCUUGGGGAGGGGUUCUGGGGGACCUGGAGGGCUGGGGAAGAGGGAUGUAAAGGGGGGAAAUACUCCGGGGUCUGA